AUGUUCGUUCAAAGACUCGGCUUCGCUGCACGACGGGUUCGUCAACUCAACACGCACAUCGUUACUAGAAGGACUUUCACCAAUACGACAAGAAUCAUGGGCGUCACAUCUUGGGACCGCUUGAUCCGCUAUGUUUCGGCUAAGGAUGGCGAGGUCAAGUACGGCGAGCCUAUCGUCAAUGACAGCAAGCCGGACAUCGAUGCUUUGGCCCAGAAAGGUGGUUUGAAGGUGAAUGUGCUUGAGGGCCCGACGCCAGUUGAGGCGAAGCAGACGGGCGAGGAGGAUGAGGUGAAAGAGUUGCUGGGACCUUUGACGCCGAGGGAUGUGCCGAUUAUUAGGUGUAUUGGGCUCAACUACAAGACUCAUAUUCUGGAGACGGGAUUCGAUUUGCCGGAGAAUCCAACCCUCUUCGUCAAGUCGCCUAUGACUGUGGCAGAUACGAGGAAGGCGACACCUAUUCCGAAGCUUGGACAGCCAAAAUGUGAUUACGAAGGUGAAUUGACGAUUGUGAUCGGCAAGGAUGCCAAGAAUGUGUCUGAAGCAGAUGCAUUGGACUACGUGGCAGGCUACACCUCCGGCAACGACGUCUCCUGCCGCGACUGGCAAAUGGACAAAGACAAAGCCGGCAUGAUGCCCCAAUGGUCCUUCUCCAAAUCCUUCGACAACUACGCCCCGCUCGGCCCCGCCAUCGUCUCUACCAACCUCCUCGGCGACGCCAAGGGCCUUCAACUGAAGACGUUCGUAAACGGCGAGGAGAGGCAGAAUUCUAAUACUGAUGAUUUGUGCUUUGGGGUGAGGCAGCUCGUGAGCUUUCUGUCGACCGGACAGACGUUGCAGAAGGGGAGCUUGAUUAUGACGGGCACGCCGGGCGGGGUGGGGAUUGGGUUUAAGCCGCAGAGGUUUUUGAGGGAUGGUGAUGAGGUGAAGGUGGAAAUUGAGGGGAUUGGAAGCGUUGUUACUGUGAUGAAGUUUGAGUAG